AGCUGUUAUUUCUUCCUCCCUUCAUUUGAUAACCUUUUUUAAAUGAAUUCUGCUGAAUCUAUUUCAAUUGAGAUGCAUAUUUCAGUCAGCAGAAAAUCUGCAUGAAAAGUGGAGUAAUCAACAUGGCACAUCUUUACGAUUUUGCUCUAUGAAAACAGACACAAAAAUAAGAAAAGUUUAGAUUUUUAUCACUGGGUUAUACUUGGGUGAUUCAUGUGCUGCUUUAAAUACAUUGAUGACCUCAAACUUCCCCUGUGCAUGAUGUCAUCUUACUUGAAUUAAAGUUAAUAAGCUUAGUAGACCUUUCUGGUGGUUUAGAUAGCAUGACAAAUUUCUCCACCCACUCUAGCUGCAGAUUGACCCAGCAUCUACACUGUUUUCAAUUGCACACCAUUUUUAAUUCAAAGUUUUCUAAUCCCAGGCAGUCAUAUACCACUGUGAUAAAAUUAUGGACAAGGAGGAUGGAGAGGAGUCAUCACAUAAAUCUGCAGUAUCUUCACUGUUUCAGACAUGACAUCACUUUAUUAGACAAUAAUGGUAAUGGUUUAAAGUGAAGGACCUGAAUCAUAGGCUACACUAUCUGUUAACACAAGGUCAGUGUAAUGACAGAAUAUCUUCCCCACAUCAGUGAUACUGAAAUCAUUCUAUCCAGAAUUUUCAGCAAUCAAUUUUCUUAAUGAGAGAAAGUGUAUUUUAAUAUAUUCUUAGAAAAUAAUGUAGCAGUGUAGUCAGUAUAUAGUAAACCUGUCAGUAAAUAUGCAGUAACUGCUAUGUUGUAUAGAAGAGUCAGGGAUUAUCAUCAGACUUCCUUUUUAAUCCAUCAUAUUUUUAGUACGACUUCUUUUCCAUAAAUCACAUUUUACAGGCCUUAGUACUUUCCUCCGGAGGCACAUAUGGGAAUGACUAUCUCUCUUCCUUCACUGAAUGUACUUUGCUAGGCAGGAGAGAUUCAUUGAAGUCCACAGAUUGUUUUUCUUCAAAGUAGAAAAAACAACAUAAUUGCUAUGAUUUAGGUCUAAAUCUUUUGAUGGCACUGUUUUAUCUCAUUUGCACAGAUCACUUAAGAUGAACUGCAGAGUGAGGGUUUGGGUAAUAAUACAAAGAAAAAGCAAGAGAAUGCCUGCGGUCAUGGAUCUGGAAAUGGGAAUUUUUUGUGAUUUAGUCAUUCAAUAGUUUUUCCAAGGUGACCAUUGUACGUGGGUUGUGGAUAUUGGAGGGCAGGCCAGAACUAAGAUUAGCUGGAGUGAGAAGACAAAAGCCAGAGGGAGAGAGAAAGGUAGAUAGAUGAUCAAAGGCUCAGAUGAAAAAGAGUGGCUGAACCUGAGAAACCAAGAGGAGAAACAAACAAUUAAAGCAUCAGAAUAAGGAGAAAGCAAGAAAUGAAGGGAGAAAGGAAGAAAGUGUGUGAGUGAGUGGAACUACAGCUGACCCGAGUCUUGUGUUUGGUUUAGCAUACUCGACUAAGGCUUUCUCUGAUUGGUUGGCAGGUUGGACCUGGAGGCUCUUGGGGCUCGAAGCACCCCUCUGACUCUGAAAAAGAGGCAGAGAAAUAAGCAAAGAAGCAGAGAGAGAGAGAGAGAGAGAGUGCUGGAACAGAGACUUGCAGUCACACCGACUCAGCCACUGAGAGCAGACCUCUAAACGCUCUGCACGCACUUAAACACACUUGCAGACACACGUGUGCUAUUCUCUCCGCGUCCCUGUAGGCAUGGACCAACCCACUGCUGCUGCUGUGUUGCUGGCUUCUCUUGUGCUUCUGAACUCACGGACAGCAAGGUCAGAAGAGGACAGAGACACUCUGUGGGAUGCCUGGGGUACAUGGAGCGAAUGUUCACGCACCUGUGGUGGAGGAGCUUCCUAUUCUCUCAGGCGUUGCCUCAGUUCCAAGACCUGUGAGGGGCAGAAUAUCAAAUACCGCACGUGCAGUAACGUGGACUGUCCACCAGAUUCUGGAGAUUUCCGUGCUCAGCAGUGUUCAGCCCACGCUGAUGUGCGCUACCAGGGUCGCUUCCACGAGUGGCUGCCAGUGGACAACGACCCUGAAAACCCAUGUGCCCUCAAAUGCAAGGCUAAAGGCACAGACUUAGUAGUAGAGCUGGCACCAAAGGUGUUAGACGGAACUCGCUGCUACACGGAAUCUUUGGAUAUGUGCAUCAGUGGAGUCUGUCAGAUUGUUGGCUGUGAUCAUGAGUUAGGAAGCAAUGCUAAAGAAGACAAUUGUGGAGUUUGCAAUGGAGAUGGAUCUUCUUGCAGACUUGUGAGAGGACACUACAAAUCCCAACAUGCCAGUGGGAAGACUGAGGACACUGUGAUUGUUAUUCCUUAUGGAAGUCGUCAUGUGCGCCUGGUUCUGAAAGGCCCGGAUCACUUGUAUCUGGAGAGUAAGACAUUGCAGGGGAUCAAGGGGGAGCUUUCUCUGGAUGGAACCAAGCAAUACAUCUUACAGAACACAAUCAUUGACUUCCAGAAGCUCACUGACAAGGAGAUCCUUAGAAUCGUUGGACCACUAGAGGCUGACUUUACCGUCAAAGUCUAUUAUGCCAGCGGUAUAGACAGUGUGGUGCAGUUCAUCUUCUACCAACCGAUCAACCAUCGCUGGAGAGAGACCGACUUCUUCCCCUGUUCUGUAACUUGUGGUGGCGGGUAUCAGCUGACUUCAGCAGAGUGCUUUGACCUGCGCAGUAAUCGUGUGGUGGUGGACCAGUAUUGCCAUUAUUACCCUGAGAAUGUCAAGCCCAAACCCAGACUGCAGGAGUGCAACAUGGAUCCUUGUCCUGCCAGUGAUGGCUACAAGCAAAUAAUGCCCUAUGACCUCUACCACCCACUGCCUCGAUGGGAGAGCAGCCCCUGGACUGCCUGUUCUACGUCCUGCGGUGGGGGAGUUCAAAGUCGUUCCGUCUCAUGUGUGGAAGAAGAUAUGCAGGGAAACAUUACUCCCACAGAUGAAUGGAAGUGUUUGUACGCAUCCAAGACAUCUGUCGUGCAACCAUGCAACACGUUUGACUGUCCAACAUGGAUUGCGCAGGAAUGGUCACCGUGCACAGUAACCUGUGGACAAGGCCUGCGCUACAGAGUGGUCCUGUGCAUUGAUCACAGAGGGCUGCAUGCUGGUGGCUGCAAUCCCAUCUCAAAGCCACACAUAAAGGAAGACUGUCUGGUUCCUGUUCCCUGCUACAAGCCCGCAGAGAAACUGCCUGUUGAAGCAAAGCCACCUUGGUUCAAGCAAGCCAUAGAACUUGAGGAAGAUACAGCCAUUUCUGAGGAACCAACGUUCAUUCGAGGAGCUUGGGGGCCCUGCAGUAGAUCAUGUGGCGCUGGCAUACAGAGGAGGACCGUGAAGUGUCAGGUGUUGCUCUCCUUCACCCAGACGGUUGCUGAUCUUCCAGAUGAUGAGUGUGAAGGACAGAAGCCCCCAGAGAUGCAACCCUGUUACCGCACGCCCUGCCCUGGAGUGAGAACUGAGCAGGAGAGCGAGAGAAUUAGAAACACAGCUACAGAGCAAGAAGAGCUACAUGACUGGGAGUAUGAUGGGUUUACUGAGUGCUCCGAAUUGUGUGGAGGAGGGAUAAAAGAGGCAGUGGUGAUCUGUUUGAACAAGCAGACGAGAGAAGCUGCAGAUGAAAGUGAGUGUGUGAGCACACAGAGACCUCUUCAACUGGUGCAACCCUGUAAUACUGAACCUUGUCCACCCAGGUGGGAGCUGGAGGCUUGGAGCACCUGUUCGGCAACAUGUGGUGUUGGCCUCCAGACUCGAGCUGUCACCUGCACACUGAAAGUAAGCGCACAUAGCAACCACACCGAGAGGGUCAAAGAUGAGAAGUGUCGGCAGCCCAAGCCCUCCUCUGUGCAGGCCUGUAAUCGUUUUGAUUGUCCUCCCAUGUGGGAUCCACAGGAAUGGAGUCAGUGUUCUCAUACAUGUGGAGGUGGCCAUCAGAAGAGGGAUGUUAUUUGUAAGCAGCGAAUGGCAGAUGGAAGUGUACUGGAGUUACCUGAAACCUUCUGUCCCUCUUCAAGCUUGCCCACAUUGCAGCCUUGUGGCCUGAUAGACUGCCCUGCUCAGUGGGUCUUCUCAAAUUGGACACAGUGUUCAGCAGCUUGUGGAGAAGGGACCCAGAGGUUGCUAGUGGUGUGCAGGAGGAUGGGGCUGAAUGGACAGUACCAAACUCUGAUUCCAGAGGCCUGCUCUUCUAUUCCGAAGCCCUCGACAGCUCGAUCAUGUUCCUCUGGACCCUGUGAGAAGACUUUGAAGCCAGUAGCUGCAAAACCAGAUCCUGCUAUUUUGACCCAGAGGAAGGUCUAUAUUCAGUGGAGGAAAGGCCCAAAACUACAUUUUGUAGUCGGUGGAUAUGCUUACUUACUUCCAUGGACAUCAAUUGUGCUGAGUUGCCCUACUCGUCAUUUUCAUAAAGGCCAUGUUCGUUGGUUAAAGGAUGGAAAACCACUGCUAUUACUGCCCCAUGUUUCCAUAUCUCGUAUGGGUUACAUCAAGAUCCAGCAGAUCCGUGCCUCAGACAUAGGGAUGUAUACUUGCGUUGCUGGGCAGGCAAAGGAAAAUUUUGUCCUCAAACUUCUUGGAAGCAAGAAGACGAAGGUGUCAGCUCUAGAAGCUGAUGUCUGGGCAAUAGAUGGUGGCAAAAGCUCAGCAAAGACUUACCAAAUAUCAUCUAAAGAGAAAGAGGUUCUCACUUUUAAUCGCUAUGAUGUUGUCGUGCAGCACUUGAUUCAUUUAAAGGGUUUGUCUCUGGAGACGUACAUCUCUAAAGAACUGCUGGACGAAGAUGCAGUUUUUGAUUCUCAAAGCCCUCAGGUGCUGGUGGCAGACAUGGAAAAACUUGAUGAGAUAACACGCAACUUAUCUGGUGGCCUCCAGGCCUCACAAAAGGAAGAACUUAUUACUCAGCUGUUAGAGGAACUAACCAAGAAGACUGGUGAAAACAAUGAUUCCACCUUGGAAGCCCAUGAGAAACAAGAAUUCACAACUCCGGAGUACAUUUCUCGAGGAAAUUAUUUAAGACUGGCUUCUCAGUCCACCAGACAAUGGAAAGGACCUCUGAGAAGACCAGUGAUUGUACAGAAAUUUUCAAGAGUCUACAAGUCCCCUCAUGAAAUAUUGACCAAUGCUGGCAGUUUUGUUAUGGUCCCAAGGCAGGCCAAGAAGGUGGAGCUUAAAUGUGAAGUGCAGGGCAACCCAAAGCCAGUAAUAAUUUGGACAAAAGAUGGGAUGGAGUUAAAAAAUGGCAGCAGAGUAGGCCUGAUGCCAGACAGCUCCCUGUACAUUGAAGUUCCCAAGGAGACUGACUUUGGAUUUUACACAUGCCGAGCCACAAAUCAUCUGGGGUCCACCUUGCUGUCAUUUCAACUGCAAAAAGAAGGAAAUGGCUGUACAGUUGGUACAAGUAAAAGUAAUAGCACAUGUUCUGACAAUUUCCAGUCAUCUGAAGGCUGCAGUGGACAACACUGCCCCCACAGAUGGCAUGUGUCCUCAUGGUCUACAUGCUCUGUAAGCUGUGGUGGGGGGUUACAGAGACGAAGUGUGACUUGUCUUGGGGCUGCAAAUGGAGGACGCUCUUGCACGGGUGCUGGUAGAAAGCCAACAGGAACCAGGUCCUGUAACACGCAACCCUGUGUUGCCUGGACAGCUACCCCAUGGGGCCCUUGUCAUGGGCAGUGUGUUGGACCACAGAAAGCACUACAGCAAAGACAUGUGUUCUGCCAGGACAAGAACAGCACUAGAGUCGCCCAUCGAAUGUGCAGCAGGCAAGCAAGGCCCGCCUCACAUCGAAACUGCACCACGGACUCCUGUGCCCUGCAUUGGCGUGUUGGGCCAUGGACCCAGUGCACUGCCACUUGCGGUCGCCAUGGUUUCCAGUCACGCCAAGUCACAUGCAUACACCGCCGUAGUGGAAAGCCAGCUCGGGAGUUUCACUGCGCUUGGAGGCCUCGCCCUGCCAGCUGGCAACGCUGCAAUAUUCUGUCUUGUGGGAAAGGUGAUUGCCAAGACAGCACCAGGUACUGUGAGAAGGUCCGACAGCUGGAACUUUGCCCCCUACCCCAGUUUAAAGCACGGUGCUGCCGGUCCUGCAGAGACACCUGAGACUCUACCAGGACAAAGGGGCAGAAACAGAGACUAAUCCAGAGACUAAGGAACACCUGCAAACCCACCACACAACCCAGCACAUGAUCCAAAACCAAAGACCAUGGUGUGUGAUGGGUUGGGGUCACCAGGUCAUCCAUUAAUCAGCCUAAUGACAAGUAGGUGGGGGUGAGACUGGAUGCAAACUGUAAACCAAUGAACAUUGAUUUUAAUUUAACUUCAAUGAAGGCUUUGAUUUAAUUGUAUCUUAUUUUUGGUUUACUCUUUCUUUGGUUUUGCAUUUACUGCCUGUCUGAUGGUCCAGAAAGAUGUAAGACAUUUUUAAAUUCACUGGAUUGCACAUUCGAGACUCCAUCCAUAUAAAAUAAAAAUAGCCUCUAGUUAUGAGUGAACGUCCAUAGGGGUUUGCUGGAGCCUUCAAUCUGAACAUUUCAUUCGGUGUAACCCAAAUUGGCUACCAUAUAGGAAGUGGAAAACAAUAUAGCAAAGUGGAAACUUGCUAUAUCCCUGUACUCAUAAAGGAAUGGUGGACAAAAAAGACAAAUGUGUAUUUAGAUAUAGACCCUUAAAUAAUGUAAUUUUGAACAGGGAGAUUUUUGAAUUGUAACUAAUGAAAAAAACUGCACUUAUUAUAAUUAGAUAUGUUGCUGUCUUAGUAAUAGGCAAUUUAUCCUAUGGCCCAGUAUUACAAAUGUGACUUCACUUAAAAAAAAAAAAAGGGACUUCAGUGUAUGGAAACCCUGAUAGCUUUGCACUUAUAAUUUCCAGGUCCAUUAUUAAAUGUGGCUGGAUAUUGUUUGUUUAUUGUUAUUAUUGUUGUUUGGUUUUGCUUGUGUUAAUCCUUUUAUAAAUUGACCGUGUCCUUGUUUUUGUCCAAGAUUUAACCACUUAUCAAUAUAGUGUAGCUGUGCCUAGUAUUUAUCAUCCCUAAAUAAGUGUUAUUUGCAUAAGGUGUUCUUCAUUUCAUAGAAAGAAUAAUAAUUUCUCCUUUAGGGAAUAGAAUCACACACUUGUAGAAAAUAUUAAAAACACACUGAAUCUCAUGUGUGUUAUAGUUCGGAUAAUACUGCUGAAAAUACUUUUUUGGGGGAGAAAAAUUGAUCAUUUUCUCCCCUUUUUUACAGUGCUAGAUGUUCACAGAGCUAUUUAUUACUUUGUUUGAUUUGUUUAAGUGCAAUUUGUCUGCAAAUGAAAAUUAAUUGGGAUUAAACUGUCCAAUGCCAUUGUUCACCACUAAUAACAGGUUGUUUUUGAAAUAAUAAAGUGUGUGCGAUUUUUUUUACUGUAGUAAAUGAAUAUUAGGAUUGGCACAGGCAUACAGGUACAAUGUACAGUAUAUGACAAAGAUAUUGGUUUCAUGGCCAUUUACCUUUUCCAAUAAACAGUAUUACUUCAACACUCAAAAGACCAUAAUUUAUUAACCAUUUGUUUGAUUUUGUACCGAAAUCUUACCAACUACAGUUAGAACUUUUAUCAUAGUGACCCAUAGUAAAAGUCACUAAACAGUACAGCAUUUCAUAGUAUCAGUGCAGAAGUCCUACUUCCUCUUUUGGUUUCUGCAAUGUGAUGUGCCACAAUUCUGGAUGAUUCAUUAUAAACACAAUGACACAAGUAGACU